UUCAGAAACAGCUCGUCAACCACCUCGGUAGCUUGCUAGCCAACAAAGCCGAAAGAUUCAAGCUAUUUAUACACUUUCGGUGUAUAUUAGCUACUGUGUUUUAGAUACACUUCUGUCGUAUCUACUUGUUAACCUAUUUAAUUGAAUAUUACGUUAUUUUGUAUUAGUCAGCUUUAGUAUUUGGCUGGUUAAGUUAGCAUUAGCCUAGUCGCUAACGAUAGCUAGCUAGCUAACAUCCCCGACCAUGAGGUCAGUAAACAUCUCCCCUCCUGUUAAAGAAGAGGUGGUCUGCUGGAAGGAGAAAGAUGCUCUGGGGCUGAACAUUGUCGUGAAAGAGGAGGAGGAUUUCACAGUUAAAAAAGAAGUAGAAGGUGAGGCUGUUACAGUGAAAGAAGAGGAAGACUCGUUCAGAGUGAAAGAAGAGGAUGUUACUGUGAAAGAAGAGGAGGGUGUAGUGAAGAAGGAAGGGGAGAUUACUGUCACAUUGAACGUUAAAGAGGAGGAGAUUGGAGAUCUGAUUAACACCAGAGAGAGACAGGACUAUCGUGGAUCCUCUGGGGAGUCUCAACAUCAUCAUGAAGCUGAAGGGGAAGAGAAUAAACUCUCCAGAUCAGAACUCCUCAAGAAACACCAGCAGAGACCCACAGGGAAUACAUCUUACUGCAAAUCUACAUCAGAACUUAAAAUACACUCGCGAGUACACACAGGAGAGAAAGCUCACCACUGUUUUGAUUGUGGGAAGAGUUACUCAAGAUCAGAUGCACUUAAAGUACACCUGAGAAUUCACACUGGAGAGAAACCUUUUCGCUGUGAUCAAUGUGGGAAGAGUUUUACUCAACCAAACAGCCUGAUAGUACACCAGCGGACACACACAGGAGAGAAACCUUAUGGCUGUGAUCAAUGUGGGAAGAAAUUUACUGUGUCAAACUCCUUGAUCGUGCACCAGAGAAUACACACAGGAGAGAAACCUUAUAGCUGUCGUCAAUGUGGGAAGAGUUUUACUCAACCAAACAGCCUGAAAGUACACCAGCGGACACACACAGGAAAGAAAUCUUAUGGCUGUGAUCAAUGUGGGAAGAAAUUUACUGUGUCAAACUCCUUGAUCGUGCACCAGAGAAUACACACAGGAGAGAAUCUUUACCAUUGUUCAGAUUGUGGGAAAAGCUUUUCAACAUCAUGGUCAUUGAAGGUGCACCAUAGAACACACACAGGAGAGAAACCUUAUGGCUGUGAUCAAUGUGGGAAGAAAUUUACUGUGUCAAACUCCUUGAUCGUGCACCAGAGAAUACACACAGGAGAGAAAUCGUAUAGCUGUAGUCAAUGUGGGAAGAGUUUUACUCAACCAGAUAGCCUGACAGUACACCAGCGGACACACACAGGAGAGAAACCUUAUAGCUGUUAUCAAUGUGGGAAGAGAUUUACUGUGUCGAACUCCUUGACAGUGCACCAGAGAAUACACACAGGAGAGAAACCUUUUAGCUGUCAAUGUGGGAAGAAUUGUACCACAUCUAGCCAACUAAUUGUGCACCAGAGAACACACACAGGAGAGAAGCCCUAUAGCUGUGAUCAAUGUGGGAAGAGUUUUGGUACAUCUGGCUGUCUAACGACACACCAGAGAACACACACAGGAGAGAAACCUUAUAGCUGUAGUAAAUGUGGGAAGAGUUUUACUCACUUUAGCAGCCUGAUAGUACACCAGCGGACACACACAGGAGAGAAACCUUUUAGCUGUGAUCAAUGUGGGAAGAGUUUUACUACAUCUGGAUAUCUGACUAUACACCAGAGAACACACACAGGUGGACAAACUUUGUAGCUGUGAUCAAUGUGACAAGAGAUUCAAAGCCCGAUGUCCAAUAUACAUUUGGUUGAAAGUGAAAGUUGAGAUGUUUUUCUGGUCGUUUUUUUUAUUACUUGAAAACAACUUAAUGUCAACGUACUUGCAGCCUAGCCUAUACACAAGGACACAAUAUAAUAAAUUAGUCUAUAAUCAAUUUUAUUAACAAUCCUACAUCACUCCAGUAUUUCAUGACAACAUUCAAGUGCUAAUUGUCUUUAUUCCACUACUGAAGAAGCAUGACUCAAAUCACCUACUCAUAUUUAAAACAUUCAGUCUGACAAAAUAUAUUUUAAAAAUCAUUAUUCCAUGCCUCACCACUAAGUGAAUUAUUGCCAAUAUAUAUAUUAACAAAUGAGUGCACAUUUGGUUUUGAUAAUUCAUAUUUGCAAUUCAUGUAACAUUUAUUAGACAUUUAUGCAACCAACUGACCAUUUUUGGGUACACUUAUAUUGAUUUCUUGCCCUAAUUUUAGAAUAUCAGGAAUCAUUCUCAGAUGUGCCAACCUAAAUGUACCAGAGCAUGACAUUGGGGACUGGGCCCCGAUCCAACAACAUGCCUAUCGAGUGAACCCUGAAAAGAGAGAGAAGCUCUGCAUUGAGGUGGAAAGUUACUACGAAUAUUGCAGGAGUUUCCUCUUGAAAUCAGACAUUAAGUUUUACGAAGAAGAGAGUUCUAGAAGCUAGUGAGUUUUAGGAUUCUAUAGAAAGAAAAAUGGUAAAAAAAAUAAUACGAUUGUAUAUUAUUAUUUAGAAAUGUUUUUUCUUGUUUUUAAUUGUUGACAGCCAGUAGACACCAUGUUUAUAUUGUUGAAGGUGAAGUAUUGUAGUUGAUUAUAAUGUGAAAUGGAAGUUUUUUCUGUUGGUGGUGAGCAAACUUGUCCAUCAAACAUAUAGGAUAUAUUUGUUGUCUUAAGGUGUUACAGGCUUUGUUUUUUUAAUGUUUUGAGGUUGGACUUUAGCACAUAUAGCUCGUUAGCACGUACUGAUUGGUGUCACCUCAUUAGUCAGUAUAUGGUACACCUGUGCUGGAUUGUCAAUCUCGUUAGUUGGAAGGUGUUUCACCUGAUCUGGUCCAGGUUCUAUUUAAGAGUGUCUGGCCCAGUGCUCCAGUUGUCUUGAUAGAUGUGGGGUUGGAUAUUGCAUCCAAUUAAUAUUUUAAUCAAUGGCAUUUCCUUAGUCUUUCAGUUAUUGUUUGUGUACUAAAUAUUUGUUUAUUUUCAUAGUUCUUUCCUGUGAAUCUGUUGUGUUGUAGAAAUAAAGCUUGAUUUGAUUUGAACAUA